AUGUCAGGUCAAGAGCCGCCGCAAUGGGAGGAGGGAAGGGAAGCCGGGAAGAGCUUGGAUGGGCAGAAGCAGCAAACGCGCAUGUUCACCUUGCCGCUGCUCGACCUCGGUCUGAAGCCCAGGGGGAGCGAUCCGAAGGAACCUAAAGGCCAUGACGAGGAGCACAUGAUGAGUGAAGCUCUUCAGUUCCUCAAGCAAAAGGAGUACGAGAGAGCGAGAUCAGUCGCUGAGAUGGUGCUGAGAGCGAACCCUGCCAAUCAGACGGUAGAGGAGCAUGGCAGGAGCAUGGCAGGAGCAGAGGUUCACGCUGAUGGCAGGCAGUGGCGGUCAUCAGAGGACGAGAGGCUGGGGAGGCGGUAUGAAGAGAUCUACUGCGAUGAGGGGCACAUACAAGACCUCAUGGCAACUCAGGUGAAGGAGCCGAAGAACGAGCGACAGUGUAACGAUUGCUGUGAAGAGCAGAGUAACUGUGACGACAGAUAUUACAAACAAGGGAAGUUUGAACAAGAGUUUUCAGACAAAGAUGAAAUCGAUGUGGCAGAGCAGCAGGAGCUCGAUGAAGAUAUCUCAGAUGUACAUGAUUACCAUGCAAACUUGAAUUUCUAUGAAUGGAUCGAAGCUCUGAUAAGAAUAUCUUUCAUCAAAGUCCAUAAGGGAAGUUUGUCGUCGAGGUUUGAGACCAUGGUUGAAGAGAACAUCGCGCGCUUCGCCAUGAAGAGGUUGAAAGACAGCAGUUACCUUCAGUUUGCCGACGUUACAGUUCAGAAUACUCUGAAUGAAACAAACAUGGAGCUUGCACUCCGAAAGAUUUUCGAUUAUUUCAUUGCAAUCAGCAAGUCAACUAACGCGAAGAAGCCACAAGAUAAUAAGGACGUCACAAUGAACGUGAACCACUUGAUAGCGAUGUCGUCGAAGAUGGAGCUGUACGAUCCUCGUUACACGAUCAAGAAACUAGUCGAGCUCUUCUCUCUUGUCACUCUUGACGUGGACGCUCUCCCUCAGGAGCAUCCAAACAAUCAGACGACUGAGAUGAUAUUCUUCGAGUUCCUCGAGUUCCUCUUCCGAAUCUCCAAGCUCAAGGGCGAGAGCUCGGAGGUGAGAGAUGGGAGGGUAGAAGGAGGAGAGGGAAUCGAUCAUGAUGAUGAUGAGGAUGAUUGA